AUGUCGGUGUUCAAUCUGCAGUCCGACAACCAGUUCAUCCGAACCAACGAUGGAUCUCCGGACAUCCACGUGUUCGAGUACAUGGACGACCUGAACGCGUUCGACCUCAUCCACGUCAGCAGCUCCAGGUGGCGUUCCUCCAUCGCAGUGGGGCCCUCCGCGGCCGCGCUGUACAAGAAGCUGGAGGUCCACGGCGUGACGAUAGAGGGCAGCCAGCUGCAGGAGCUGGUCAAAGAUCUGAACUGGGUUGACCCGAACGGCCGGAGGCUCUUCCCGUCGGUCAACCGUCAAGGCCGCUGCCUCAUGUACGUCGGAUGCCAGCAGGUCACGCGGGUCAGGAUCAGCGACCAUUUCGGUUGGUCCAAGUACGGAGUCAAACCGGCCCAGAUCUCGGUGUGGCCCGUAUUUGGCAUGAUGGACGGCGCCGUUUUGGCCGUCCCUCGAGCGAGUCCUCCUCAUGGUCACGAUGAUGAGAGUUGGAAGAAGGUGAUGGAGGAGAAGGACAAGGUCAUCGAGGAGAAGAAUAAGCUGGUGGAGAAGGUCGAGUCGUUGUUGAUGCGGUCGCUUGAGGAGAAGGACAGAGUUAUCGUGGAGAAGGAGAAGGUGAUGGAGAAGAUGGAGGCGUUGCUGAGGAAGUCACUUGAAGAGAAGGAGAAGGAGGUUCUUUCUCUCAAGGAAACGUUGAUGGCCCUCAGUGAUGAAGUCUGAUUUGUCGUAUAACCAUUCUAGUACUGGUUUCAUGUGUUGUAUAGGUUUGUUUGUGCACAUAUAUACUAUUGACGUACUUAUUAUGUUAUUUCUGUUAGGCAGUCUCGCUUAAUCUAAGCCCAUAUUAUUGUAUUAUUAAUUAGCUAGCCCAUUAUUAUUUAUUAUAUGAUGCAUU